GUAUGUGUGUGUGUAGCGACAAUAAAUUAACUAAAUUUUGUGAUUAACUUGUUUAGGAAGAGCCAAAAACAAGAAAAAAAAGAAGAAUCUUUUGCUUUGUCAGUUUGGAAAGAUUUGUGUAUUCGACACAGUGUUAGUUGGCUGACUGAUAAGCCAGACGAGUUUAGAUGAGAUAUGAGUUUAUUACGGUUUUCAAUUCACUAACAGCACAGUUUCACACCAAUUCGGUACUAUAGAGACCGAUUGUUCUUAGACGCCCUAAACGUUUUUACCGUAAAUUCAUAGCAGUGUAUGCUGCGCAUAUUUUACGUAGAAAAACACCGACCGUUUUUGAUGAGAGUGUUUUCCUGUUGUGAUUGAACGGAGUGAUAUGUGCAUCAUAUAUUGCAAGAUUUAGAAAGUUUUUUCUUUCCGUUUGAACCGAUAAUGACUAACGACACAGAAAACACCAAUGAUUCCGAGAAACAGUUGACACAUUCCGAACAGUCAAAUCAACCGCUCGUUUGCGACAAUGACGACAAUCCGAAAAUCCAGUACACCAACUCAGCCGCUCGCCAAUCAAAUGUAUCAUUCACAUUGCCCGAGAAAGUCACCUCGACGAUUUAUUGUUCGACCAAAGAUUCACUGACGCAGCUAAAAUCCAUUAAGACCAAUUGUGUAAAGUCUAGAACGGUUCUGUGGUGGUUGGUGUUCAUUGGAUUUGCCAUCAAUUAUAUGAUUCGGAUCAAUGUGAAUAUCACGAUUGUCGAUAUGGUGAUGCAAAAGAAAGUGGUAAACGGUAACUCGACAACAAAACUUGUUAGGGGGAUAUGCUUGAAUGCAGACACAGCCAUGUCAGUGUCGAGUUACGGUAAUGCAUCUAAUUUGUUGACAGAGGGUGGUCGGGAAACAUGUUCUCUGGAAAGGAAACUUUUGCAGAUACUAAAUCUUAAUCAACACACCGAUGGCUUUGAGUGGAACGAGAAGCAGCAAGGCAUGCUAUUAGGAUCAUUUUAUUGGUUGCAUUGGGUUAUGCAAAUUCCUGGUGGCAUUUUGGCUAGAAAAUACGGAACAAAACUCGUAUUCGGUCUAUCGAAUGUCAUAGGAUGUCUAAUGUGUAGCAUCAUGCCGAUCGUUUCGUUUCUGGAUUACAGACUCUUAAUAUUCGUCAGAGUUCUUCAAGGUUUUAUUUGUGGUCUGGCCUGGCCAGCAAUGCACAAUAUGACCGCUCAGUGGAUUCCGCCACAUGAACGCAGUAAAUUCGUAACGGCCUAUUUGGGAAGUUCCGUCGGAAUUGCAGUGUUUUAUCCGAUCUUCGGAGCAGUCAUAUCCUUGUCAUCGUGGGAGUAUGUAUUCCAUUUGUGUUCAAUUUUGGGUGUCAUUUGGUAUGUCGGAUGGUUGUACUUUGUGUUUGAUUCGCCGGAAAAACAUCCUCGUAUCGAUCCCGAUGAGAAAGAGUACAUUUUGCAGUCAUUGCAGGGAUCAUUUCAAAAUAGGAAAAAGCACUCCGUUCCGUGGAAGCGCAUUCUAACUUCUUGUCCAGUUUGGAUGAUUGUAAUUUCACAAUUUGGAGGAAUUUGGGCACUAUUCACCUUAAUGGUCCAGGCCCCGACUUACUUUAAAGUCAUACACGGAUGGGACAUCAAAAUGAUCGGAUUACUAUCCGGCAUUCCCCAUCUGAUGCGAAUGUUUUUCGCUUUUUUCUUUUCGAUGUUCGGUGAUUGGUUACUGCGAACGGAUAAAAUGUCCGCAACAAGUGUGCGAAAAUUGGCAACAUUUGUCUGUUCCAUUCUAAAGGGAGUGUUUGUGAUCGGAAUCGCUUAUUCCGGAUGCAAUUCUACGUCGGCUGUUGUGUUUCUAACGAUUGCAACAGCUUUGCACGGGGCUGUAUCGACUGGUGCUUUGGCUAGUAUGGUCGACAUUGGUCCGAAUUUUUCGGGUGUCAUUUUGGGAAUAAGUGGCAUGGUGGGCAUUUUACCGGGAUUCAUAUCGCCGUUCGUUGUGGGAUAUUUAACUUUCGGAAAUCAAACCAUUGAGCAGUGGAAGUACGUUUUUAUGAUAUCGGCAGGUCUGCUGAUUGUCACCGGAACAUUAUUCGUAUUGUUUUCCGAUUCCAAGGAGCAGUAUUGGAAUAAGUUGGCAGAUGAUGAUGAUGAUGAUGGUGAUGAUGGAUACAACAAACCUACAAUCCAAUACUCAAAGGUUCCUUUGAAUGAAGCACCGGCCAAUGAGAUUCGCAUGGAAUCUUCUCAGCUCAAAACAUUAAAAAGGGAAAAAUGGGAAACUUAGCAACACUGUUGAUUGGAGAAAUAGAUAA